AUGACACAACAUUACGAAGAUGGCAUGGCUAUUGUUCUUAAUAGCGGUAAACCAAAUACUUUUUUGACCAUGACGUGCAAUCCUUCAUGGUAUGAGAUAACAUCAGAACUUCUACCUUUUCAAACACCACAAGAUCGCCCAGAUUUACUAACGAGAAUAUUUCGUUCUAAAUUCGAGCAACUGAAGGAUGAUGUCAUUAACAGAGGAGUCUUAGGAAAGGUUAAAAGUUACAUGUAUGUCACUGAAUUUCAAAAACGAGGAUUGCCGCAUGUGCAUAUGUUGUUGGUCUUGGAAAGUAACGACAAGUUGCGUAACCCAAAAGAUUACGAUAGUGUGGUUAGAGCUGAAAUACCUAAAUUAGAAUGUGAACCACAGUUGCAUGAAGCAGUUGUAAAACAUAUGAUCCACGGACCUUGCGGCGUACUCAAUCGAAGAUCACCAUGUAUGAAAGAUGGCCAAUGUAAAAAAAGGUAUCCCAAAAAAUUUUGCGAUGAAACACGUCAAGGCACUGACUCAUAUCCAGAGUAUAGGAGAAGGUUUGACGAACCUAUAUCUAUAGGUAGAGAUAGGUCUAUCGAUAAUAGAUGGGUGGUUCCAUAUAACCCUUGGUUAGUGUUAAAAUAUGACUGUCACAUCAAUGUAGAGGUUUGCAGUAGUAUUAAAAGUAUCAAGUAUCUAUACAAAUAUGUGUACAAGGGUCUUGAUCGUGUGUCUAUGGAGGUUCACAAAGGAUCAUACAUGGAUGAAGUCCAGCAAUAUGUUGAUGCGAGAUGGAUUUGUGCUCCCGAGGCAAUAUGGAGAAUUUUUCGAUUCACUCUUUACCGAUUAUAUCCUUCUGUUGAAAGACUAUAG